AUGUCUACUCAACAAAAAAUAUCUUCUGAUCAUAAAAAUGAAAUUUCUAUUGAUAUACAUACAGUAGAAGAAACAAGUAAUAAAAAAGCUGUUAAUGGUAAUACACAUCGUACGUCCUUUACCUCGUGUGCACGAGGUAAAGGCCUUCAAAUUUACUUAUCUAAUAGUUUUAAUAAAAGAAAAGAAUUAUAUUCGAAUAGUGAAGAAGUAAUUCGCAAUGAAUAUGUUGCUGAUGAUGAUGCAACGAUCACCAAAUUGAAGCAUCAGGAAUCAUCCGUAGAGUCAGUACCUUUUGUAUUGAAUGAACAAUCUUUAAUAGUCAAUGAAAUCAGUAACCAACCACCACAAAAUCAAUUAACAACAAAUUGUAAUCUUGAAAAAAUAUUUCUAUCAAUAACAACUUCUAAUAAUUGGAAUAAUGUAUAUGCACGGUAUUUUGAUCAUGAUGUUGUAUAUGGAAAUUUAGAUUUAAGUGCAUUAUAUGCCCAUCACUUUGAUUAUCGUAUAGAGUUAAGCAUGCGACGUGCCUUACGUCAUACACAUUUAGUUGGUGUAGGAGAGAUCGGUCUCGAUUUUGAAAUUGAAAAUCGACCAAGUGAUGAUAUUCAAAUAAAAGCAUUCAGUGCACAACUUCGUAUAGCAAAAGAAUAUAAAUUAUCUGUUGUUGUCACUUCUCGUAAAAGUUUCAUAGCAACUUUAUCAUGCCUGACCAGUGAAUUAAAUAAUGACCAUCCAGUUCAUUGGAGAAAUUUUGUAUAUGGUGAAGAAGAAUUGUAUAUGUUGAUAUCAAAGAUGAAUAAUGUAUAUUUUGGCUGCUCGCUUCAAAUAUUUUCAAAUAAACAAAUGCAAUUGAAUAUUGAGCAAAUUCCCAUAAGUCGUAUAUUACCAGAAAGUGUUGCUCCACAUAUUUCUAUAAAAGAAUGUCCACAUGUAUAUGCCACACAUCCAUUAUUUGUUAUACAAGUCUAUAAAUAUAUUGCUCAUAAAUUUAAUUUGAAUAUUCGACAAGCAGCAGAACAACUCGUUGAAAAUCAUAGAAGAAAAUUUCAUAGGAAUGUAUUUGAUAAUGAUUUACAAAGGAAUGAUAUUUAUUCACCUGAAACUAAUAUAUCUCAAGCAUGUCAAGUAACAAUGAUUUAUAAAAAGAAUCUUUCAUCAUCAAUUAAAAUCGAUGAGAUUCUAAUAAAACAAAAACAAAAUCCGAAUGAUCCAAGAAAUAUUGUUUAUAAAGGCUAUUUAAAAAAAGGUGAUACAUUUUCAUUUAAAUCUCAACGUCUUGCUCAAUAUCCUUUUGAUAUAAAAUUAUAUAAAUGGACAUAUUAA